AAUUAGCUUUUUCGGAGUCAACAAUCAAAUUUUCAUUCAGCUUUGGGACACAUUCAGCAGCAGGCAGAAGUGGCAGCAGCAACAGCAGCAGCAGGAGCGCAGGAGCUAAGAAAAUCUCAAGAAAAAACCUCGACCUCGGCAACAGGAGCAACACACAGCAACAGAGCGAGCAUCCAGGGGAUAGAGAAAAGAAUGCGAAGUCGCACCGAGCUGGUGACCACCACAUUUGUGGAAAGCGACGAGGAGGACUACAGUCCGGACGACGAUUCCGAUUCGGAGGAGGACUGGCGCCCCACCAAAAAGCGACCACCAAAGCAGUCGCGUAUCGGUCUGGCCGUUGCUGGAGUCUCUGGAGCUGGAGCAGGCGCUGGCGGAGCAGGUGGCAGUGAGGGCAGUCGCAAGCGAAAGGCUGCUGGAACGACCGCGAAGGCAACGAAGCGUCGCCACUCGAAGCUGGACAGUGAUGACGACUCGGAAAACGAUGAUGAUGACGAUGACCUAGAAACGGAUCCCAGCGACGAGGACUUUGAGUAUCCGCUGGCCAGCACCUCGAAGCGGCCGCAAAGUCUGCCGCCGAAGAAGCAGUUCGUGAAGCUUCACCAGGUGGAUCUGUUGAUGAAGAAGGCGGACCUACUCGACAAGGACUGGAUGAAGAACACUCGCCUGUGCCUCUGGCGCAAGGAUGUGCAGGCCAGCCUGUUGCAAAAGUUUCUCAGAGUCAAGUCGGAACCAGGCGAGGAGCAGCUGCUCUUUACCUCCAGCUCUGUGUAUUCCAGCUGGGAUGAGCAGCAAAUUGGCGACUACUUGGAGGUAAAAGCCAACUGCUUGGAUCCCAACAAUCGACGCUUCAAGCUGCACGAUCUGGAGAGCAUUAUGAAGGUGUCGCAGGAGCUGAUGGCGGAGCAGCAGGACACUGAUGAUCCGGAAGAUGAUGAAGGCAAUCCCGAGGAUACCGAGUUUGAGGCAGAGCUAGAGUCAGAGCCAGUGCCAGAUUUGGAUGAGGAGGACGAAGAAGACGAAGCCCUCGACGAUGAGGAGGAAGAAGCCGAAGAUGAAGGCCAAGAACAUACCGAUGAAACGGAUCCAUAAAUAACAUAGAAAUAAUCCUAAUAUAUAUACAGCGAGGUGAACAUUUGAGAUUCUUAGCCGCGAUGUAAACGUAAACAGUUGGCCAAGUUAGCAUUAGAGAGCGAGACAGUGGGUAUUCCCCGCUGCAUCUUCGUGGC